AUGUCCGUCGUCCAAAUCGACACGAGCGACCUGUACGACCGCGGAAAGCCGCGCGAGGGCGGGCUGAGCGACCCGCGCCUGGGGACGAUCGACCGGAGCGUCAAGUGUCUGACGUGCCAGGGCGGCAUGGCGGAGUGCCCCGGGCACUUCGGGCAUCUGGAGCUGGUGCGGCCCAUGUUCCAUAUCGGCUUCAUCAAGGUCGUCCUCACGCUGCUGCGCUCCGUCUGCCACAACUGCUCGCGCAUCCUCGCGGACCCGAACGACUACCGGUACAAGAUGGCGCUGCGGGUGCGCAACCCCAAGCAGCGCCUGCGCCGCAUGUACGAGUGCUGCCGCACGCGCUCCGUCUGCGCCGCAGACACGCCCCCCGAAGGCGCCGAGGACGGCGCCGACCCUGCCAACCCGGACGGGGAGGACUUUGACGACCCUGAGCGCAAGGUUCGGCGCGGCGGGUGCGGGGCCACCCAGCCUAAGUACACGAUCGAUGGGAUGAAGAUCAUGGCUGAGUUCAAGGCGCCGAAGAGGGGGAGGAACGAGAUGGAGGAGGAGGAGCAGAUUGAACCGACCGAGAGGAAGCAGAGGAUGUGGCCCGACCGGGUGCUCAGCAUUCUGAAGCACAUAACAGACGAAGAUUGCGAGCUUUUGGGGCUGAACCCCAAAUACGGCCGCCCGGACUCGUUCAUCCUGCAGGUGCUGCCGGUGCCGCCGCCGCCCGUGCGGCCGUCCGUAAUGAUGAGCAGUUCGGCACGUAGCGAGGACGAUCUGACCUACCAGCUGGUGAUGAUCAUCCGGCAGAACGAGUACGUAAAAAAGCAGGAGGCGAACGGCAUGGCGGCGCACGUGAUAAACGACCAGCUGCAGAUACUGCAGUUCUACAUCGCCACCUACUUUGACAACGACCUGCCGGGGCAGCCCCGCGCCACACAGCGGUCAGGGCGGCCGAUCAAGUCGAUCUGUGCGAGGUUGAAGGCGAAGGAGGGGCGCAUUCGGGGGAAUUUGAUGGGGAAGCGGGUGGACUUCUCAGCGCGGACGGUGAUCACACUGGACCCGAAUAUCAACAUUGACGAGCUGGGCGUGCCGUGGAGCAUUGCUCUCAACCUCACGUACCCUGAGACUGUCACUCCCUACAACAUUGACAAGCUGCGGGAGCUGGUGGAGAAUGGACCGCACCCCCCGCCGGGCAAGACAGGCGCCAAGUACAUUAUUAGAGAGGACGGGCAGCGGCUGGACCUGCGAUACCUCAAGAAGACUAGCGACCGGCACUUGGAGCUGGGGUACAAGGUGGAGCGUCACUUGGUGGAGGGCGAUUUCGUGCUGUUCAACCGGCAGCCGUCGCUGCACAAGAUGUCGAUCAUGGGGCACCGCAUCCGCAUCUUCCCCUGGUCCACCUUCCGCCUCAACCUCUCCGUCACGUCGCCCUACAACGCUGAUUUCGACGGCGACGAAAUGAACAUGCACGUGUGCCAGAGCUUUGCCACGCGCGCCGAGACGUCGGAGCUCAUGCUCGUGCCCAAGUGCGUGGUGUCGCCUCAGAGUAACUGCCCUGUCAUGGGCAUCGUGCAGGACUCGCUGCUGGGGUGCCGCAAGAUCACCAAGAGGGACACGUUCAUUGAGAAGGACGUGUUCAUGAACAUCCUGAUGUGGUGGGAGGACUUUGACGGCAAGCUGCCCAUCCCCACCAUCUUGAAGCCGCGGCCGCUGUGGACGGGCAAGCAGGUGUUUUCGCUGUUCAUCCCGCGCGCCAUCAACCUCGUGCGCUUCUCCGCCUGGCACCCUGACGGCGAGGUGGGCGACAUGUCGCCGGGGGACACCGUGGUGCGCGUGGAGCAGGGCGAGGUGCUCGCGGGGAUCCUCUGCAAGAAGAGCAUGGGCAGCGCUGCGGGGGGGCUCGUGCACACCAUCUGGGAGGAGGUGGGGCCAGAUGCAGCGCGUAAAUUCCUAGGGCACACGCAGUGGCUGGUGAACUACUGGCUGCUGCAGCAGGGCUUCAGCAUCGGCAUCGGCGACACCAUCGCAGAUGCGAGCACGAUGGAGACGAUCAACGAGACGAUCGCCAAGGCCAAGGAGGAGGUCAAGGAGCUCAUCCGCAAGUGGCAGGACAAGGAGCUCGAGCAGCAGCCCGGACGCACUCUGAGAGAGUCCUUUGAGAACCGAGUCAACCAGGGCAGUCUGUCGGAGAUGAACAACGUGAAGGCGAUGGUGACGGCGGGCAGCAAGGGGUCGUUUAUCAACAUCUCGCAGAUGAUUGCCUGCGUGGGCCAGCAGAACGUGGAGGGCAAGCGCAUCCCCUACGGCUUCGUCGACCGCACUCUACCGCACUUCACCAAGGACGACUACGGCCCCGAGUCCCGCGGCUUCGUGGAAAACUCCUACCUGCGAGGACUCACCCCCCAGGAGUUCUUUUUCCACGCCAUGGGAGGUCGGGAGGGGCUGAUAGACACGGCAGUCAAGACGUCCGAAACGGGGUAUAUUCAGAGGCGGCUGGUGAAGGCUAUGGAAGAUCUGAUGGUGAAGUACGAUGGGACAGUGAGGAAUUCCCAGGGCGAUGUGAUUCAGUUUUUGUACGGCGAGGAUGGGAUGGACGCCGUGUGGAUCGAGAGCCAGAAGCUCGACUCCAUGAAGAUGGACAAGAAGAAGCUUCUCAGAACCUACGCAUACGAGGUGGACGAGCAGGGCGACGCGUGGGACCCGACCGACUACAUGCCGGCGGCGGCAGCGGAGGAGAUCCGAUCAAUUGAGGCGCUGCGCUUCGUGCUGCGGGCAGAGAUGCUGCAGCUGGAGAGGGACCGCCGCGUGCUGGGGCGCGACAUCGCCCCGUCAGGCGACGCCACGUGGCCCAUGCCCGUCAACCUGAAGCGCCUCGUGUGGAAUGCGCAGAAGAUGUUCCGCAUCGACACGCACAAGCCGUCGGAUCUGUCCCCGCUGGACGUGAUCGACGCCGUGGAUAAGCUGCAGCAGCGCCUCAUGGUGGUCGUGGGGGACGACCUGCUGUCGCGCGAGGCGCAGGAGAACGCGACGCUCUUCUUCAAGAUCCUCCUGCGCUCCACGCUCGCCAGCAAGCGCGUGCUGCAGGAGUUCCGGCUGUCCCGGGAGGCGUUUGACUGGGUGGUGGGCGAGGUGGAGUACCGCUUUCUGCAGUCGCAGGCUGUGGCGGGCGAGAUGGUCGGGUGUGUGGCGGCGCAGAGCAUCGGCGAGCCCGCCACGCAGAUGACUCUCAACACCUUCCACUUCGCCGGUGUCAGCGCCAAGAACGUGACGCUGGGCGUGCCGCGGCUGAGGGAGAUCAUCAACGUGGCGAAGAAGAACAAGACGCCCGCGCUCACCGUGUACCUCGGGCCGCACGUGGACCAGAACGAUCGGGAUGGCGCUAAAGAGGCGGCCAAGAACGUGCAGGUAAGGGCCGUGGGAGGUGUUUGCACCAACUUCUCAUCCCUCCCCCCCCUCUCCUCCCGUUCUCCCUGCUCUCCCCGUCGCCCGCCUCCUGUUCCUUCUCCCCCCGUUCCACCACAGGUGGAGCUGGAGUACACGACGCUGCGCAGCGUGACAGAGGCGACGGAGAUCUGGUACGACCCCGACCCCAUGACCACGGUGAUAGAGGAGGACCUGGAGACGGUGCAGUCCUACUUUGAGAUGCCGGACGAGGGGCUGGACCUGGACAAGAUGAGCCCGUGGCUGCUGCGCAUCGAGCUGAACCGCGAGAUGAUGGUGGACAAGAAGCUGACCAUGGAGGCCAUCGGCGACAAGAUCUCCAAGGAGUUUGACAAGGACCUCACCUGCAUCUUCUCCGAUGACAACGCGCCCAAGCUCAUUCUGCGCAUCCGCAUUCUCAACGAGGAGGCCGCCAAGGGCGGCGCGGGGGGCGGGGCGGAGGGGGAGGAGCUGAGUGCGGACGACGACGUGUUUCUGAAGCAAGUGGAGGGGAACAUUCUCACGGAGAUGUUGCUGCGCGGCAUCGAGGCGAUCAAGAAGUGGGUGCUGGACACGGAGGGCGUGAGCAUGCUGGAGGUGAUGGCGCACGAGGAGGUGGACCCCGCGCGCAUCCGCAGCAACUACCUCAUGGAGGUGUUUGAGGUGCUGGGCAUCGAGGCCGUGCGCAACACGCUGCUCAAGGAGCUGAGAGACGUGAUCUCCUUCGACGGCUCGUACGUCAACUACCGCCACCUGGCGAUUCUGUGCGACGUGAUGAGCUACCGCGGGCAUCUCAUGUCCAUCACGCGGCACGGCAUCAACCGCAACGACACGGGGCCCAUGAUGCGCUGCUCCUUCGAGGAGACCGUCGACAUUUUGCUCGAUGCCGCCAUUUAUUCCGAGGCGGACCGGCUCAAGGGCGUGUCUGAAAAUAUCAUGCUCGGGCAGCUGUGCCCGCUGGGAACGGGCAGCUUCGAUCUUUACAUGAACGAGGCGAUGCUGAAGCAUGCCAUUGAGCUGCAGCUGGAUGCUGCCGCCGGCAUGGGUGGCAUGGGCGGCAUGGGGGCAGCGGCGUUCGGCAUGACUCCGGCGCGCUCCCCCGGGCCUAAUGCCACACCGUAUCAUGAGAUGGCCAUGUCCCCGAGCUACCUCCUCAGUCCCAACUUCCGAGCCUCGCCCGCAGCUUCGGACGCGCAGUUCUCGCCGUACGUUGGAGGUUUGGCGUUCUCCCCUGGCCGAUCGCCCAACUACAGCCCCACCUCCCCCAGCUACAGCCCUCAGUCCCCUGGCUACAGCCCCACCUCUCCUGCUUAUUCCCCCACCAGCCCCUCCUAUACCCCUGACUCCCUCACCUACUCGCCCACCUCCCCCAACUACAGCCCCACCUCCCCCAGUUACUCCCCCACAUCUCCCAGCUACUGCCCCACGUCUCCUGCCUACUCCCCCACGUCCCCCAGCUACAGCCCCACCAGCCCCAGCUACAGCCCUGCUUCACCCGCCUACUCGCCUUCCAGCUACAGCCCCACCUCCCCCAGCUACAGCCCAACCAGCCCCGCCUACAGCCCCACCUCCCCCAGUUACUCCCCCACUUCCCCCAGUUACUCCCCCACUUCCCCCAGUUACUCCCCCACUUCCCCCAGUUACAGCCCAACUUCCCCAAGCUACAGCCCUACCUCCCCCGGCUACAGCCCCACCAGCCCCAGCUACAGCCCCACCUCCCCCAGUUACUCCCCCACGUCGCCAGGCUACAGCCCCACCUCCCCCAGCUACAGCCCGACCAGCCCGGCCUACUCGCCCUCCUCCCCGCGCUACAGCCCCUCCUACAGCCCCACCUCGCCCGCCUACUCGCCCACCAGCCCCGGCUACAGCCCAACAUCCCCCUCCUACUCCCCCACCUCUCCAUCCUACUCACCCUCAGCCCCGUCCUACUCGCCUGCGCCCCCCACCUACUCUCCUUCCCCCGCCUAUUCGCCCACCUCCCCUUCCUAUUCCCCCACAUCCCCCUCCUACUCCCCCACCUCGCCCUCCUAUUCCCCCACCUCCCCCUCCUACUCUCCUACAACCGCCACUCCCUCUGCCGCCACUCCCUCUGGAGGUGCCUCCACCGCCCCCAACUACUCGCCUACGAGCCCUGCAUACACGCCAAGCGGCUCUGCCUACAGCCCCACGUCUCCCCAGUUCACCCCCACCAGCGGCACUCCCUCGAGUGCCCCACAGACAUCGCCAGGGGCAGGCAGCACUGCCGCCACUCCCAAGGAGGAGAGUUAG